AUGCUUGUAACUACUAAAGUGGCACAAAUACCCAAUGUACCACCCUCAACAACAACAUUUUCAGAAGAAACUCUAAUACCUCAAUUAGGCGUUGAAACGCCACAACCUGAAGAAUUACGUUUUCAACUUAAUCGUAUUAAUGAUUGGAAUUUCAAUAUAUUUCUUAUUGAAACAAUAAGUGGCGAACGGCCAUUAACAGCGAUAACAUAUCGAAUAUUUCAAGAACGUGAUUUAAUAAGGAUAUUUUCUAUUGAACCUCAUAAACUACUUUCUUACUUAUUCGCACUUGAAGAUCAUUAUCAACAAGUGCCAUAUCAUAAUAAACUUCNAAGUAAUAUUCAAUAUCGUAAUGAAUCCCAGGUUAUUAUGACGCGUGAACAGAAAUUGAAUGGCACAAAUACCCAAUGCGUUGAAACACCACAACCUGAAGAAUUACGUUUUCAACUUAAUCGUAUUAAUGAUUGGAAUUUCAAUAUAUUUCUUAUUGAAACAAUAAGUGGCGAACGGCCAUUAACAGCGAUAACCUAUCGAAUAUUUCAAGAACGUGAUUUAAUAAGGAUAUUUUCUAUUGAACCUCAUAAACUACUUUCUUACUUAUUCGCACUUGAAGAUCAUUAUCAACAAGUGCCAUAUCAUAAUAAACUUCAUGGAGCUGAUGUUUGUCAGUCAAUGCAUGUCUUGCUGAAUAGUUCGGCACUCAAAAACGUGUUCAACGAAUUGGAGAUCCUGGCGGCGAUAUUCGCAGCAGUAGUGCACGAUGUCAACCAUCCCGGUUUAACAAAUCAAUUUUUAAUUAAAACUAUCCAUCGAAAACUGAGUUGUGAAAUACGCGGAGAUAAAAAGAUUGUUGCGAUCUCGGAUUCUGUUGGUUUGGUUUGGUUUUGUCCGGUUGUUGUAGGAAAUGAUCAGUAUACCCCGUAUUUGUUCGUUCGGUUUUAUAUGGUUCCGGGUUUGGGAUUUCGUUGGAUUGAGACGGAUUUCGAGGCAAAAGAUGAUUUAGCGAUUCUGUACAAUAAUGAAAGUGUACUUGAAAAUCAUCAUAUAGCUGUUGCAUUUAAAUUAUUAAAAGCUGAUGAAAGAAACAUUUUCUCAAAUUUAACAGCUGAGCAAAUGAAGACGUUGCGUAAAAGGGUUGUGGACAUGGUCUUAGCAACUGAUAUGUCUAAACAUAUGACAUUGUUAGCUGAUUUUCAAAAAUUAGUUGCAGCAAGUAAGACGUCGGGAAAUAGUAAGCUUACACUGGAAUCAUAUGAUGAUCGAAUUCUGGUGUUACAAAAUAUGAUUCAUUGUGCUGAUCUAUCAAAUCUAACAAAGCCAUUAGAUAUAUAUUCCAAAUGGAUUGAUCGAUUAAUGGAAGAAUUUUGGAAGCAAGGUGAUGCAGAACGUGAUUUUGGUUUGGAAAUUUCACCUAUGUGUGUGAGAAGUGCAACUACGAAAGACAAACAUCAGAUUGGUUUUAUUAAAUCUUUUGUACACCCAUUAUGGGAAACAUGGGCAAGUUUGGUACAUCCAGAUGCAAAUACUAUUUUAGAAACAUUAGAGCAAAAUCGUGAUUGGCAUGAAGUUCGCCUCGCAGCUUUAACAUCUUCACCAACUGAUAAUUCAUCAAGUUCUAUUACUGCUAUUACUACUAUUGUUACCAAUAAUUCGUCAUCUGAUGAUGCGAAACAAGAUUAA